AAAACAUUAAUAAUUAAUUCGAAUUCUUUUUUAUUUCAAAUGUCUCAAUACGGCAAGGCAGAAUACUGGGAGGAACGAUACACGAGGUAAGUUAGGGAUCCAGAACCAUUUGAUUGGUAUCAGAGAUUUGCAGGAGUGAAGGAUCUGGUUCAAGCAUGUUUCACACCUGAGAGCAAGUUGUUGAAUGUUGGAGCAGGCAAUUCAAGGUUGAGCGAGGAGAUGUUUGAUGAAGGUUAUUAGAAUAUUACAAACAUUGAUAUUUCACAUGUAGUUACCAAGGCAAUGUAGGAGAAGUACAAGGACAAGGGGCCCAAUUUCAAAUAUUUACAUAUGGAUGCAAGGGCAAUGGAUUUUGAAGAGGGAGCAUUUGAUGGGGCUAUUGACAAGGGAACUUUGGAUGCGAUCUUGGUAUCACUUCCUAUUGAUUUUAAGUGUGGAGAGUCGUCGUCCUCGAAUGCUUAGAAGGUGAUUCAAGAAGUUCAUAGAGUCUUGGGACCCAAGGGAGUUUUCUUUAUCAUUUCGUAUGGUUUGCCUGAGCACCGACUUCAAUACCUCGAGAAACCAGAGUAUGAUUGGAAUGUCGUAGUUAAAUAAGUUCACAAGCCCACUAUUUCAACAUCGAUUGCAAUCACAAAUGAGGACAAAGACGCUCCGAAUGUUCAUUAUAUUUAUAUUUGCACCAAAGGUCAACCCAAAGGAGCUAAAUAAUGA